AUGGUUGGGGCUGUAUCAGACUCUGGAUGGAUAAAUGAAAGCCUAUUUGUGGAUUGGCUACACCACUUAAUUUCAUAUGCAAAACCUUCAAAGGUAGACUCCAUUUUGCUUAUUUUAGAUAACCAUGAGAGUCAUAUAAGUCUUGAUGCAUUCUCACUCUGCAAAGAACAUGGAAUCAUUAUGCUAACUCUGCCACCACACACCUCACAUAAACUCCAACCCUUGGACUUGACAUAUUUCGGCCCUAUCAAAACUGCAUACAAUCAAGAAUGUGAGAAUCACAUGGCAGAUCGAUUUGGACAGCCCAUUACACAAUAUGACAUAGUCGAAAUGUUUACAAAUUCUUUUAACCGUUGCAGUAAUCUUGAAAACGCUGCAAGUGGAUUUAGAUCUGCAGGAAUAUAUCCCUUGCGCCCAAUUGAGUUCGAUUCAAUCCAACCAUAUAUAUCUCAGAAUACCCCACAAGCAACAAUAAAUCCAACACAAAACAUUCAUAAGAAUACACAACCUCCAGAUAACCAAGUAACUGACGUUCAUCAAACUUCUGAUGCUCACAAUCAUGCUGAUAUAACCCAAGUUCACAGUUUAGAAGAUCUUGGUGUCCAGGCUUCCGAUACAGGUUCUGUUAAUUUACAAAGCGAUGAUACAAGGACGCAUGCAGUCUCCCUAUCCGAGAUCGUUGAACUGCCUAUUAUUCGUCCAAAAAUAACCAAACGCAAAAUAAGGAAGAAAAAAUCAACUAUUCUUACGAGCACACUUAUUAAAGACCAGUUAGAGGAAAAGGAAAAUAGAACAAGAGCUAAAGCAGAAGAAAUCAAGAAAGCAAACGAAAAAAAUGCCAAAAAAAGGAUCUCAAAUAAAAAGAAUGGAGUGCAGUGA